UGUCCAAAGAGUCGACAUGUCCAUAUCGGAAAGGAAUACGCCCAGUCAUGGGGCAUUGGCAACGCCCUCGCAUCGCCAGCAUCGGCCACCGGACGUUGAGGAGGCGCUCUCCUCAAUGCUCUGGACGCCCUACGAGCGCACCACGCCCAUGGCCAGCUCAUCGGAUGAGGACGAUGACGAUGAGCGGCUCAAUCGCAAGUUGCGUAAAUCCCAGAGCAACUACGAGACCAGCACCAGUCACCUAAUGCCACUACUUCCUGGAGCAACAGCAACUGCAACAGCAAGUGCAACAAUAUCGACAGGAUCUCCGAUAAGAACAGCUCCUCCCGUGCCUUUUCCCAAUUUUAGUUUAAGCGGAUGCGCCUUCGAGGCGGCCAAGACGAGCCGAGCUGGCGGCCAUCGGAAUCGCUACUCGUAUCCAUCCUACUACGGCAGUCCGGCACACACACUCACCCAAUGGUGUUCCUCGGCGGCCACAGCCAUUAAGGAGCCUCCCUCGUACGAGUCCCUCUACGAGGCGAGUGCCUCCGGCGUGGGCGUGGCCAGGGCGAGCUUGGCUCGUGUCCAGCCGAAUAAUCUACAAUGUGAUAGAUCGCAACGAUCCCGAGCAACAGCAACAACUAGAGACACUGAUCACCAUGAUGAUGAUGAUGAUGAUGAACUAACGGCAAAUGUUCCCGCUGAGCGUUUGGUGCGCUCCUUCACUGAUGAUUACAUAUCGCAGAACUGCGCAUUAUUCACGCCAGCAAUAAACGACACAGAAAAAGCAACGGCAACAACGACGACGAGUCAAAAACAAAAGCCAACAACGACGACGAAUGCAAGAUCACAACAAAGUGCAGAAAAUCAAAGCGACAGCAGAGCGAAUUGCAUUAUCAAUGAAAACAGCGACAAAGACGACGACAACGACUACGACGACGACGACAAUGCUGGCGAUGAACAAGAAAUCGCAACAGCAACAAACGAGGAAACAGGCACUGUCUCAGCUUCAGCUUCAGCCUCUGCCGCAGUCACCGUCGCAGCUGCAAGCCUCAGUCGCAGUCGUAGUCACUGUGUCAGCGAUAAAGAGCACGCCGCUCUGAGAGCAAGCAUUGCAGCAACUGAGAGCGCAAGCACAACAGCAGCUGAGAGAGCAAGCACAACAGCAGCUGAGAGAGCAAGCACAACAGCAGCUGAGAGAGCAAGUACAACAGCAGCUGAGAGAGCAGCGACGACUAGUGGCUGUUCCAUUGAGCGCCGCUCACCAGCGAUCAGUCUUUCGAGUUCGUUCAGCGCGUGCACAACGGACGCGUAUAUAAACGGCAGCAGUUAUUACAACUACAACAACACGUUGUCAUCGUGGUUGUCGCGGGGGCGCUACAACUACAACUCGUGUAGCAGCAACGCCAGCAGCGAGAGCAGCAGCGACGCGCUGCGGCCCAACAAAUGUUUGGCAGAACUCGAACGUUUGUAUGCCGAAUUUCGCGCGAGUGAAAGUCUAUUUGAGCAUCGUCUAAGCCAGGCACAUAUCGAUAGCGAUAACGAUAGCGAUAUCGAUAUUGAUACGAUGCGUUUAAAUGUGUCUGCUGAGUUGCCGCCAGCAACUGCAACGGCAGCAACACAGACUGCACACAGCAGCAACAAUAACAACAACAACAGCAGCAGUGUCUUUCUUAAAGCCAGCAACAGCAAUGACAGCGACAACAACAAACACGCCAAAAGCGUUAGCAGCAUUGCAAUAUUGCCAGCAGCAACAAAGUCCUGUCAAAGGCAGCCAAGUCUAACGAUACAAGUGAACAACGGCAGCAGCAGCAAUAAUAACGGUGCUAAUAACGGUAAUCAGGUUUGUGUCGCGUCGCCCACAAGCACAGCGACAUCGGCAACAGCAACAGUUACAACAACAACAGCAACUGCAGCAGCAGCAGCAGCCCAAGAGUCAAGCAUUGUCAACAACAACAACGGCGUUUGUGUUGUAAACUGCAAUUACAACAACAACAGCAACACCCCCAACAAUAACAACAACAAUAACAACAACAAUUGCAUUGUUGCAAUUAAUAAUUGUGUGCCAGCAUCGAAAGUGUUUAGUGCAAGUGUCCAAAAUAAGCUCAAUAAUAAUCCGAAUGUGGAUGUGCAACACGUUGCUGCCACCGACAGUGGCAGUGUCAGUGUGAGCGCCAGUGCCAGUGCGAUUAAUAAUAAUAAAAAUAAUACAAAUAAUAAUAAUAAUUGUAAUGAGAAAAGCAAUGUGAAUGUGAAUGUGUCCAGUGCUGAUAACAGUGUCAAAGUAAUCAAUGUGAAUGCAUCUCCCCCACGCACUUUCACCUCAACCGAAUGCCAAACCGAUGAUCUUACCAACAACAACAACAGCAACAGCAAUUCCUCCCAGCAGCAGCAACAGCAACAGCAACAAUUGCAACAACAACAGCUGCGCACACGCGAGCAACGUCGACGGGAACGUCGUGAACGGCGACAGCAGCAACAUCAACAGCAGCAACAGUUGCCACCGCAUCAUCCGCGGCGAUUGCACGUGGAGCGUCACUCGCCGCCGUUGCAUCCACCUCCCCACUUGCACCAUCCGCAUCCUCAUCCACAUCCGGCAGCUUUGGGCCUGGCGCGCGCCUUGUUGCCCGACAUCCUUCACAGCCAUUACCCGCCGCCCUACAGCGCCCUCCCGGCAGGAGCACCACCCCCGCUGCCGCCUCCUCCGCAGGCAGCCCCCCCGCUGCCACCGAUGCCUCCGCUGCCACCGCCGCCACCACCGCAAGCGCCAGUGCCAAUGCUAACGCCAGUGAUAUCAACGGUUCCCCUUCCGGGCGCCACUCCGCUGAUGAGUGAUGGACGCUUCACGUUGCCGCUUCCCAUCAUGCGCAGAUCCCCCUCGGAGCGUUCCGGAAAAGGUUGUUGCGGCCAAUGGUUUGCUGGACCGCCGCUGCGCGCCCUCAUUGCUGUUGUUGCGCUGGGGGGCGUGGCGUGCGCCCUCGGCGGAGCUGCUUUGGGCGCCACAGGCCUCGCUGGACCACCAAACUCCCAUUUGACGGCGGCUCUUCUAAUGAUUGGCGUUGGCGUUGUGCUGGUGACUGUAAGCGGAGCAGCCUGGCGGAUGACAGCACCUGGUGGUCAGAGCUGCCUCGGACUCGGCACCAGCGUCGAUUUGGCCCGCUGCGGACGUCGGCCCUGCACCCGAGGCGGAGGUGCACCCCACGGUCUGCUCUAUCCGGAGUUUCAACACCGCCCACCGCCUCCCUCCUACCAGGCCAGCAUGCAGGAGUAUCGUCUGAGACUUUUACUUUUGGACCGCGAUCGCCAGAAUGGAGUUGUGCGUGGCAAUUCGCCACCGCCCACAUAUCGAUCUCAUGCCGGCAGUCUGCUGAGGGCACCAUUGACCACCUUGCGCUCGGGCAUAGGCGGUGGCGGUGGCGGUGGCACCAUCAGCAGCAGCAUGGGCGGCUCGGAGUACAGUCUGCCACCAAGUUAUCGUUCCAGAAAUGCCACGCCCGCCUCCCUCACGCUAAACAGCGAACGGACCAUUGAGACGGCGCCAUCGGGUCGCCUGUUGGCCAAUGAGGACCUGCCGGAGCCUUCAGCGGAGCAAUUGCCCGACUACAGUGCGCUGCAGUCGAAUACAUUGCUUACCUCGGCCAUUGUCGAAAUCGAGUCGAGGAACCGCAGUCGAGAUAACUCUGCCAAGAGUCCAGCGACAACCACAAGCACAACAACAAAGGCCAAAGACCUGGUGACCAUUGUGACCAUAUCGCAGGCCAACAGCAGUGGUAGCGGUCUGAGCGGGCAGCCAGGUGGAAGGGCGCAGACACAGGUGCCAGCUCAAUUACCUGGACAGGCCAGUGCACUCGAUCAGAUCGAUAUACUGGCCCAUUUGUAGCACCCCUGUGCUCUGAGAAAACCGAAGCUGCAAUCAUGCGGAAAACAUGGCGCACACUGCGAAAAGUCCCAGCAGUUUUCCAAUGCUCAGUUUUCUUCACUUUUUUUUUUUUGUUUGUUACUCUUAAACACUCGUUAACCCAAAGGUAUUUAUUUGUACGAUACGAAAACUAAAACUCUGCUCCUACUUGAAUAUAUAUAUAUACAAUACGAGUACAUAUAUAUCUAGAUAUAACUCUAUAUCUAUUCAUAAGCGGCAUUUAGAUAAUAAGAUGUGUUUGUUGUACUUGAAUGUGUUGAAUUUAUUUUUGUAAGCAUACGAAAUGCGCUACGUAUCUAUUACGAACUAUUAUUAACAUACGAGUAUUAAAAUAUUCCAAAAAAAAAUCGAAAAAAAAGGAAAAGAUAGGUUGAAUUAAAAGCGCAGAAAACCCCUGGAAUUCUGAUUUGUAAAUAACAACUUCUAAUGCAUUUUUAGCAUGCGUUAAGUGUAGAUUCUCCCCAUCCCAAACCAAACCCAAAUCUCUCAUAUACAUAUAAUACAAUAUGUAUGUGUAUAUAUAAAUAUAAAUGUGAACUCUGUGUAAAUUCGCAACGGAACGCUACGGUGACAAAUUUUGCGCGCAUUUUUGAAUAACGAAUCAAACGGAAACUGAAACUGAUUUCUGAAUGCGUUUCAAACAAAAUAAAUGAAUAGAUAAAAAAAUGUAGAAAGAAACAAAAACAAACAGAUCUUUUUCGAUUUUCGCUUUCGAACCAAGUCCACUAAAAUAUUCAGCAGAGAAGAUUUGCUUGAUUUAUAUUUGCGGAAUUGGUGCGAAAGUGGAACUCGGAAUGGGCAUGUGAAAACUAAUUACGAAUAAAUUGGAGCUGCAUGCGCAAAUGCGAUGCGUAUGUUAUCAUUAUGUAAUACUGAUACGGAUACAGAUCGUGCAUAAGUACAAUACAGAAUAUAAAAAUAAAAUAUAUAUAUAUAUAGAAUUACUUAAAACUAACUUAAAGUCCUCUGUGUAAAGUGCAAGGCUAAAUAAACUAAAAAGCAAACAUCUGCAAAAAUGUAAUGUUGAAAAAUGCUACG